AUGCAAACUGGGGAUCAAGUUUCGCACACCGGGGGCUUCGCAAAUCGGCUACAGCGGCGGGCGCGCUACCGCUCUCGCCUUCUUCCCGCCAGCAGUCGGCAGGUGGGCGGGGCUAGAGGGCGGGCGCGGCGUGGCGUCAUCUUCCGGCGCCGCCUUAGUCUCCCUGGCAACCGGCGCGCGCCGGGUGCCGGGGCCGGGGAGAUGCUGCCACGCCGGCCGCGCGAUCCGCUGCAGGCGGUGCGGCGCCGCAGUCAGGAGCUGAAGCAGCAGGUACGGUGGGGCCGGGCGCACCCCGGGGUGGGCGAGGGGGCGCGGGGCGCCGCAGCGCUUUCCUCCCGGCGACCCCACGCCCUGGGAGCCGGCGUCCGACCCAAACGCUCGGCACCCGCGACCUCCCCGCGCCAAACCCGGCUCCAGCCCGCGCUGCGCCCGGCCCGGCCACCCGUGGAACCUCCUGAGCGUCCACGACAGACCGCGUCCCCCGCCCUGACGGCCCCCAGCCGUCGGGUUUGCAGCCCAGGGCUGCGCAGGAGCCGCCCUACCCGCGCCCGCCCCGCGCUUUCCGGGUCCCUGUCCCUGGAGCCACCGCUCCUGGGGCCCAAGCCCCAGGAAGAGUCCUACUGUGUUGAUAGUCUGCUUUCUGAGAGCCAAUUGAAAGAAGCUCUAGAACCUAAUAAAAGUCGAGAUAUUUACCAAAGAUGUAUCCAGUUAAAACAGGCAAUAGAUGAGAAUAAAAAUGUUCUUCAAAAGUUAAGAAAAGCGGAUGAGUCUGCACCUGUCGGGAACUAUAAUCAGAGAAAGGAGGAGGAACAAAAUUUUCUGGACAAGCUCACUCAACAGCUGCAGGCGCUUGCUGUGACCACAAGCAGAGAACAUAGAACUGAAACUGAUGUGCUUACUGACAAAGAGGAAGAUGAGGAUUCUUCUGAGGAAGAUGAAGAAGAUGAAGAUGAUGAUGAAAUGGAAGAAAGUGGUGGAGAGGAAGAAGAAUCAGAAGACGAAGAGGAAGAGGAACAAGAAAAUGAAUCUCCUAAACAAACAAGUAGAAAAUACAUUGCUCUUGGAGAUUUUACUGCUCAGCAAGUUGGGGACCUUACAUUUAAGAAAGGGGAAAUUCUUCUUGUAAUUGAGAAGAAGCCUGAUGGUUGGUGGAUAGCUAAGGACAGCAAAGGAAACGAAGGUCUGAUUCCCAGGACCUACCUGGAGCCCUGUGAUAAAGAAGAGGAGCAGGCGACAAGUGAAGAGGGCAGUGAGGAGGACGCCGGGGGGACGGCGAGUGAAGCCGAAGCUAAGCAGAGAACUGAUACCCACUGCAGUGCUGUUCAAAAAGCUAUCUCAGAGAUGAACACGGUGGAUGUGUUAACCAGCAUGGGGGCUAUCCCCGCAGGCUUCAGGCCUUCCACGCUCUCCCAGCUGCUGGAGGAAGGGAAUCAGUUUCGAGCAAGUUACUUUCUGCAACCUGAGCUCACGACGUCUCAGCUGGCCUUCAGAGAUCUGAUGUGGGACGCGAAGACAGGCACCAUUAAGUCAAGGCCAAGUCGUGUUUCCUUAAUCCUCACCCUGUGGAGCUGUAAGAUGAUUCCUCUCCCAGGAACGAGCAUCCAGGUGCUCAGCAGACAUGUUCGCCUCUGUCUGUUUGAUGGCAGUAAGGUCCUGAGCAACAUUCACACUGUGAGGGCCACGUGGCAACCCAAAAAGCCCAAAACCUGGACCUUUUCUCCCCAGGUCACUGGCAUCUUGCCAUGCUUGCUCCAUGGCGACUGUUUUAUCAGGUCCAAUUCUUCAUCUCCAGACCUGGGAAUAUUAUUUGAACUUGGAAUUUCUUACAUUCGCAAUUCAACAGGUGAGAGAGGAGAGUUAAGUUGCGGCUGGGUGUUUCUCAGGCUCUUCGAUGCCAGUGGCGUUCCGAUACCAGCAAAAACUUACGAGCUCUUCUUGAAUGGUGGCACUCCUUAUGAAAAAGGUGUUGAAGUGGACCCUUCAGUGUCCAGAAGAGCGCAAGGCAGUGUUUUCCAGCAGAUGAUGACCAUGCGGAGGCAGCCUCAACUCCUGGUGAAACUGAGGUCUCUCACCCAAAGGUCGCGGAGCAUGCUCAGCCUGCUGCCAGAAACACUGAUUGGAGGGAUGUGCUACGUCCACCUGCUGAUAUUUUAUCGACAAAUUCUUGGAGAUGUGCUCCUCAGGGACAGGAUGAGCCUGCAAAGUGCUGAUCUGAUUAGUCACCCCAUGCUGGCCACCUUCCCCCAGCUCCUGGAGCAGCCCGACGUGAUGGACGCCCUCAGGAGUUCGUGGGCUGAGAGAGAAAGCAUGUUGAAAAGAUCGGAGAAGAGAGACCCCGAGUGCCUGAAGGCCACCUUCCUCCUGGUCUACCACGACUGCGCAUGGCCGCUCCUGUGCUCCACGCUGCUGCCCCCGCUGCACUGGGCAGAAGAGGAGAGCGAGGGGGCUCGCUGGAGGGCCAUUGCUGACUUCCUCAAGCAGAACCAGGAGCACGGGGGUGCCCUGCGCGCUCUCCUGUCCCCAGAUGGGGCCCACCAGCCCUUCGACCUCUCAGAGCAGGCCUAUGACUUCCUGGGCGAGGUAAGGAAGCUGUCAGCCUGACCCAGCGGCCCGGCCCCUGCUCCAGAGCCAAAGGCAGCUGCCCAUGGGAUCGGGUCUCACCCCCUUUUUGGGUACAGAUUGUGUUUUUUAAGAAAUAGUUAUAUAAUUUGAGUAGGUUUUAAAACAAUAAAUUUUAUAAGAAA